AAUUAUGGUUUUUGACCACACACAUAGUUAAAUCAUUCAACAAAUAUUUAACAGACACCUGACGUAUUCAGAUGCUGUGCCAGAGACUGAGGUUAUCCAGAUUAAACAGCAAGAAAAAACGACUUCUAUCGUAUAUGAGACUAUUCACGCAUAAGUAACUAAUAAUAAGUGGCCAUACAAAAGUCAUAUAAGUUGGAGAGGCAAACUUUGGGAGGCAAACUCUGAGCUGGCAACUUGACAUUUGUUUUCUCCACAUCCCAUACUAUAAUUUGGCAAAUCACACUGCUGUCUCAUCUAUACAAGGGGACUACUAAGUAGAACUGCUGCGGAUCUUCAAAAUGAACGUACAAGAGGAAACACAAGCGCGAGGCCUACUAGAAGUGACAGCUGGCAGCACCACCCCUUGAAGGAACAAGCCGGCUCUACACCGUCUCCAGAUCCGCUCCGAGCUUCGCACGCAGUCACAGUCCACUCGACGAGUGGCUUUGGAAAGAUCAAGUUCCGCUUCCGCAGGGAGGGUUUUUUUUUUUUUUUGCUGUGGGCGUGGCUGCCAGGCAGGCGUCAGACGCAGACUGAAGGAGGCCCAUCCUCAUGCGCAUGCUCCUGAGGCGAGGCGGAGACCGGAAAGAAGGGGGCGGGGCGAAACAACUCCUAGGCCAGCGGGCUCCCUCGCCCUGUGGUCGGGUGCGGGAGAGCGGGAGCGCGCGCGCGUUCGCGUGUCCGGCUCCUUACAGUAGUGACGGCCGCGCGGGAGCGGUCACAUGACCUUAGCGGCUGCCUGUACAGUAAGAACCCAAUAUGGCAGCGGCGGUAGCAGUGGCAACGGCAGCAGGACCGGCCGCCCCAUAGACACCCCCUCACGCCCGCGUUCCUUCCCCGCCGCUUCCUCCGCUAGGGUGCUCCUCCGGCCCGACUUCCCCUUUUUCCCACCUUUCCCGGCACCGCGGGAAAAGCAGCGCAGGGCAGAGCAGAGCAGAGCAGACAGGGAGGGCGGCCGGAGCCGGGACACGGGAGCCUCCCAGUCAGUUCAAGACCCGACAUGAGGGAAAAGGGCCGUAGGAAGAAGGGCAGGACCUGGGCGGAGGCCGCCAAGACGGUCUUAGAAAAAUACCCCAAUACACCCAUGAGUCAUAAAGAAAUUCUUCAGGUUAUCCAGCGAGAAGGACUAAAAGAAAUCAGAAGUGGGACUUCCCCUCUUGCCUGCCUGAAUGCUAUGCUACAUACCAACUCCCGAGGUGAAGAAGGCAUCUUCUAUAAAGUUCCAGGUAGAAUGGGAGUAUAUACUUUGAAGAAAGAUGUGCCGGAUGGAGUAAAAGAGCUAUCAGAAGGUUCAGAGGAAAGCAGUGAUGGUCAAUCAGAUUCCCAAAGUUCUGAAAACAGCAGCAGCAGCAGUGAUGGUGGCAGCAACAAAGAAGGGAAAAAGAGCAGGUGGAAAAGGAAAGUGUCGUCUAGACUGUCACAGCCAUCCUCCCCACAGUCAGGCUGCCCAUCACCCACCAUCCCAGCAGGUAAAGUCAUUUCUCCAUCACAGAAGCACAGCAAAAAGGCACUAAAACAGGCCCUAAAGCAGCAGCAGCAGAAGAAACAGCAGCAGCAGCAAUGCAGACCUAGCAUGUCCAUUGCCUCCAACCAACACCUUUCUCUUAAGACUGUCAAAGCAGCCAGUGAUUCUGUCCCAAACAAAGCUGCAAUAUGGGAAGGAAAGCAAUCUGAUGGACAGUCAAGCAGUCCCCAGAACUCAAACUCCAGCUUUUCUUCCUCAAUGAAAAUGGAAAGUCCCUUGCUAAGCUUGGGGAAGAAGUCUUUCCAGAGGUCUGACAGGCUCCACACAAGGCAAAUGAAAAGAACUAAAUGUGCUGACAUUGAUGUUGAAACACCAGACUCUAUUCUGGUUAAUACAAAUCUUCGAGCACUGAUCAACAAACACACUUUUUCGGUUCUUCCUGGAGAUUGUCAACAGCGACUCCUUUUACUGCUUCCAGAGGUAGAUCGACAGGUUGGUCCAGAUGGUUUGAUGAAGUUGAAUGGUUCAGCCCUUAACAAUGAGUUCUUCACUUCAGCAGCUCAAGGGUGGAAGGAAAGACUCUCAGAAGGUGAGUUUACCCCAGAGAUGCAGGUGAGAAUUCGACAAGAGAUUGAGAAGGAGAAAAAAGUGGAGCCAUGGAAGGAACAAUUCUUUGAAAGCUACUACGGUCAGAGUUCUGGCUUAAGCCGUGAAGAUUCAGAGAAACUGACGGCUUCCCACAGUGAUCCCCAAAUAAAGAAAAGCCCUACUGAGCAACCAAAGUCCAUACUUCCUUUGGAGGCCUCUCCCGUCCAAAUAACCCCAGUAGUUUCUCAGUCAGAAUGUAAAGAAGAAGCAGUGCAGAUGCCAUCACCAAUCAGUAAAGAAGAGCAUGAGAGCCAAGAUGAGGGGCAACCAACCUUCAAAUCCACAGACCCCAUGCAUGCCUCCGCCAGCAACACAAAUAAGCUUAGCAGCACUCCUCCUAUCAAAUACCCAAAGGAAGAAGAUCUCUUGGAGCAGAAGCCAGUCACCUCUGUUGAACAGGAGUCUGAAAAAGAGAAUCAUCUCGUCACAGCUUCUAAUUCUGACAGAAGUAAAAGCCAAGAAGCUUUAGUUACAUCCCCAAGCAAGCCCAAGAGUCCUGGGGUAGAAAAACCAAUAAUGAAGCCCCUAGCAGAUACAGAUCUACAGGAGACCUGUAUUAAAGAACCUCCAGCAAUACUUAGUGAUCAGAGCCCAGAAAGCCUCAAGAGGAAAUCUUCUCUCACUCAAGAAGAGGCCCCUGGAAGCUGGGAAAAAAGGCCACGUGUCACUGAAAAUUGCCAGCACCAGCAGCCAUUUCAUGUCUCGCCACAGCCCUUUCUCAAUAGAGGGGACAGGGUCCAGGUGCGAAAAGUACCACCUCUCAAGAUCCCGGUCUCCAGAAUCUCCCCCAUGCCAUUUCCUUCAUCGCAGGUCUCUCCCAGGGCUCGCUUUCCAAUCUCCAUCACUAGUCCUAACAGAACAGGAGCCAGAACUCUUGCAGACAUCAAAGCAAAAGCCCAGCUGGUCAAAGCACAGAGGGCAGCAGCUGCAGCCGCUGCCGCAGCUGCUGCAGCCGCCUCAGUUGGAGGGACCAUUCCAGGACCUGGCCCUGGGGGUGGACAGGGUCCAGGAGAGGGCGGUGAGAGGACAACUGCCAGAGGAGGGAGUCCGGGCUCAGGAAGAGUCAGUGCAACUGGAAAGGGCCCCACACUGGAACUGGCAGGAACUGGAAGCAGGGGAGGUACGCGAGAGCUUCUACCCUGUGGUGCAGAGAUUCAUCCCCAACCUGAGACCAAGCCCUCAGGCCUGGCCCAGCCUCCUAGUGUCUCGGGAGCACAACUACAGCAAACCCCCUCAGGGCCUGCAGUACCUGCCAACAGUGGAACAGGCACAAGUGUCCCAUCAGCAGCCCACAUAGAGAAAUCAAAUAGUGAGAAACCAAGUCCUACCAGGAUAAGGGCUACAGUGGCCUCACCUAGCCAUCUACCAGGGCCCACUAAUUGCAGACAGGAGAGAGCUCCUUCUCCAAUAGGGCCUGCAUUGAUCUCAGGAGUCUCGCCUGUUUGUUUUGUAGCAGAUGUCCCAGGUGAACCAAAAGCAGGUUCUGGCCAGAAUACACCAAACCCUUCAGCUUCAUCAAAGACAACUGCUGCUUUUCCAGUGGAUGCAACUUUGUCCCCAUUAACAUCUGUAUUGACAACAGCCACUUUAGAAAAACUUCCUGUAUCCCAGAUCAAUGUUACUGCAGUGUCUACUGGAUCAGCUCCAUCCUUGAGCACUUUGCCAGCAGCUUCUAGCCUUAAACCCUCGGGAACUUCCACAAAUAUGAAUGGACCCAUUUCAAGGCCGAGCUCUAGUAUCCCUGCUAAUAAUCCUUUAGUUACUCAGCUGCUCCAGGGCAAAGAUGUUCCCAUGGAGCAAAUUCUGCCCAAACCUCUCACCAAACUUGAAAUGAAAACUGUUCCAUUGACUACAAAAGAGGGGAUAGGAACGCUCACAGGCACCAGCGUGACAGAGAGCGCCAGAGACGAAGGCAGUGACCGACAGCCUCAUGCAGCUAUCCAGCAAGGGAAAUUGAUGCAGGGGAAACAGCUCCCCCAGGUCCCAAGGCCUCUGCAGCUCUUUUCAGCUAAAGACUUGAGGGACUCUAGCAUGGAUACACACCAGUACCAAGAGGGACUAAGUAAAGCAACCCAGGAUCAGAUUCUUCAGACUCUCAUUCAGAGAGUUCGGAGGCAGAACGUUCUUUCAUUUGUGCAGCCCUCCCAGUUCAACUUUACUCACUCAGGUUUCCAGUUAGAAGACAUUUCCACAAGCCAGAGAUUCAUGCUGGGCUUUGCUGGCAGAAGGACAUCAAAACCUGCAAUGGCAGGUCACUACUUACUUAAUAUUUCUACCUAUGGUCGGGGUUCAGACAGCUUUAGGAGGACCCAUUCUAUAAACCCUGAAGACCGGUUUUGUCUAAGUAGCCCCACGGAAGCCUUGAGAAUGGGCUGUACAGAUUGUAAAAACCCAACAGGAGAUAGUAGCAGCAGUAAAGAAGAGGAGACUGAUGAGGAGAGCACAGGCGAUGAGCAAGAGUCCAGCUUGGUGAAGGAGGCGCCCCAGGCUUCCCAGACUUCUGGCAAGCAUGACACAAGUUCAGGAUCUCAAAGUAGGGAGACCUCAUCCACCAAUGAUUGCUCAGCUAACAAGAAUGGGAAGGGUGAGGCACAAGUGAAUGAGCAAACCACUUUAAGCAAGGAGAAUUACAUGCUCGCUAGAGGCCAAGCAUUUGAUGAAAAGACAGUAGCUAGGGAUUUUAUUCAGGCAGCACAGAAACAGAUGGCUCAUGUGGUAAGAGGUAAGACAAUGCAUAGCAGCCCUGAACUUUUCAAUUCCACUGCUCUUUCUCUACCUGCAGACAGUCCCACCCAUAAGCCUCUACUCCUUCCACCACUGCAAACCCCAAAGGCAUAUGGGAGCCCCACACAAAUAGGGCCAAGUUACAGAGGCAUGAUCAAUGUCUCCACCUCAUCAGACGUGGACCACAACUCUGCUGUACCAGGUAGCCAGGUAUCUAGCAAUGUAGGUGAUGUCAUGUCCUUCUCAGUGACUGUCACUACCAUCCCUGCUAGCCAAGCUAUGAAUCCCAGCAGCCAUGGCCAGACAAUUCCUGUUCAGGCCUUUCCUGAAGAGAACAGCAUUGAGGACACACCUUCAAAAUGUUACUGCCGGUUGAAAGCCAUGAUCAUGUGCAAAGGAUGUGGCGCUUUCUGCCAUGAUGACUGCAUUGGCCCCUCCAAACUCUGCGUCUCCUGCCUUGUCGUUCGGUAAUGAGACUAGAAAGAUGUAUACUGUAAAGGAGGGAAAGGAAAGAAAGGGAAGGAAAGAAUUGGCAAGAUAUGUUCUCGUGUCCUUUUGGAAUCAGAGGAAUAAGGGUUCAGUUGUCUUAAGAGACAAAUGGUAAUCAGGAAUAGAAAGUCCAACCUUUUACAUGUUAAAGGAAGAGCACCUUGUAUAGUAAGUCUAAGUCAAGCAAGACUAUGAAUUUGUGACAAGUUUGCACUUACAAAAUCAUGUAAAUACGUCACAUUUUAACAUUGUUUUCCAAGUGUUUAGGUAAUAAUGUACUGCUUUGAAUUCUGAUUUAUGUUCUUUUUUUGUGACUAAGAAAGGUUGAAUGCCAUAUGUGGUAAAAGGAAAUUAUCUCCCUUCUGACCUUUCUUGGAGCUAAGAUAAAGGAGAAGUGAUCUAACGAAGUGAUCACUCAUACUGACGAUGUCUUCACAGCCUGGCUGCAGUUGAUUCAUGAAUUAUUUGUCCUUCAAGAGAUUUUGGUCAGGGUUUACUCAGGAUUUACGUACCUUAGAUGUGAUCCUUUAGUAUGUUAUUAACAUCCCAGGUGGUGUUUUGACCCCAGAAGCCCCAAUUUGGCUCUUGGCCUCCAUGAAACCAGUACGGUUGUCAAGCUGGGCCCUGCUGUUUGCUAAUGCUCCGCUCCUGGCCUGAGACUGUGUGUGACUCACGAAAGGAGUGCCUCUGUGUACCAUAGGUUGUACACAUCAACAGUUUAGCAAUAAUGCACCCCCACACUGUCUUAUGGAAGCCCACAAAACUGUUUUGAAAUACCAGUGUAAAAGUAGCAGACACAUGUUAGUGAUGGAUGCACUGUGUCUUGGACAAGGAAUGAAUUGCAGAAACUUAAACUGAACAUAAUGAACUUUGGAAAAUUAUUUUAACACUAGACACAAGAUAACCUCUUCCUCUUUUUCCCAACCCAUUACCAGAUGUCAUAGAGUUAGCUGUGGCAGGUAAAAAAUUUCCUUAAUGGCACAUUGGCUCCUGUUUAGCCUCUUGACACGAAGGCAUCUAAGGAGUAGUGACUAUCCCAUCUCAUCUUAAAAUACUAAUGUAUGUCCACACAUGAAUAGUACAGGUUUGCUGGUUUAGAAAAGGAAUUCAUUGUUUUCGAAUUAUUGCUGCCUGUGUAACAGGACUGGCUUAUAUACGGGAGCUUUGGUGAAUGACUAAAGAAAUGUCUCAAAGAAAAGCUCCAAUGUUUUGGUUAUGUUUUUAUUUUUCCUUUUUUGUUGUUAAAAUCCUUUCCAAGUGACUGACAGAUUUAGAAAAUAUACUAUUUAGGUCAUGUCCAAAGAACAUUUGAAAAAAAUAUAAUUUACUAGAAUUUGGUAUUAUAUAGGAGAUUCUUGAUAUGUAUCAAUUGUUUAUUGAUUCUGGGUCUCCUGGUUUGAAGUAUAUAAAGUAAAAACAUUAGUGCAACCUAACACAAUUGUAUUUGUACUUAAUAUUUUAUAAAUUUUGCAACAGUUUAAAUCUGUUAAUUAAGUCACAUUCCAGAUUAGGAAGAAGGAGGCAAUAACCUGUUGAGCCUCCAUUCUGCUAUCUCCCCUGAUCACUUCAUUCCCUGCCUUUAAUGUUUUCCAUAGUUCUACUCCAAAUUCCAUAGGAAACCAAUUUUACCACUUUUCUUCUCUGGUUCUUUUGUUGUGUAGCCCAAGGCAAAUAAUAGGAUUAAUACCUGUGUUAUAGUUUCAGCCAAGACAAUAUGAUGUCCUUCCUUCUCUCUCCUUCUACCACAUGCAUACCUAAGAGAUAAAUACGGCUGCAUAGAUCCAGAGAUAAGUUUUCAAGCAAAGGAGGAAUAGGAAACAGAAACUAGGCUUCUGCUCUCUAACUUCCUAUUCCCUGGGUAAGAUUCUAUGUCCAGCUGUUCUAUUCCCCACUCUAGUGACAGCUCUGAGUGCUGGCCUUUAUGCUGAUAUAUGAUAAAUAUCAGAUAGCAGUUUGCAUUGAUGAAAUAGGUUUUUCUGCUUCGUUCCUUUCCUGGUUCUUUUAAGCUGAGGAUGGAUAAACUGUAACCAGGACACGAAGAUGAUGUCAGUCCAUUUAGAGAAGCUCUAAAUGUCCUAAGCAUUGCUACUCACCAGAUUUUCCUAAAUCACACCCAACUAAGUAUGUACAUUUAGGAAUACUCCCUAAACAGAAAUUGCCAAAUAGGCACACAGCCUCAGACCUGGCCAGAUGAGAAAAUAGGUUCUUUCAAUUAGAGGAAGGUUAAAUACCAAUUCAUUUAAUUUACUU